CACGCGCACAGGAAUAUCUACCCGACAGUGCGAGCACGGGAGCCCGACGGGAGGAGCCGGCGUCGUCGUCGUCGUUGGCGCCAGGCGCUACGGGAAAGAGGGAGCGGGCCGAGUCCAGCCAGCGAGUCGGAGCAGCGAGAGCACUGGCGAGGGAGGGGAGGGGAGGCGAGAGGAGACGAGGCGAGACGAGGCGUUCGAGUUCCUUCUAGUGGGGGAAAAGUACGAGCAGAGCGAUCAGCGACUUCUGCUGAUCUCUCUCAUGAGCCUCUUCCCUUCUCUGCUGUGCUGAACUUUGCCCUGCUCCGUGGCCGUGUCGUUCGAGCGAGCGAGCAUAACAGAUUCUUUGUAUUCCGGUGUCGUUGUUGGUGGAGUGUUGUUUUGCAAUUAGUCGUAGCGGAUCGAGCCUCGUACCGACGCGCAGAAGUCGAUCGAGAGGGAGGGAGGGAAUCAACUGAUAGUGGAGUGAGGCGGUGUGGUGUUGUUCGAUAGCAGGACGACGGGUUGAUUCGACGAUGACGCACGACUUGAGAAGGAGGAGAAUGUAGGGAACCGGAUCAGGGAUUGGAGUCAGAGCCUCUGAGGAGGAAGUUCUAGCGCGAGUCGAGUACUGGUUUUCACGAAAGCUGCGGGCGGCGUUGUAGCGUCCGAAGUAACUCCGGCCAUUGUUUAGGAAUGGCGCAAAUUUUAGAGAAUGCAUGGCAGUACCUGAUUACCAACUUCAGCGAAUUUCAAUUAGCUUCUGCCGGGACAUUUAUCAUCCAUGAGAGUGUCUUCUUUCUCUCGGGCCUGCCAUAUCUCCUGAUGGAGACAUGGGGCCUUCGAAAGUACAAAAUCCAGAGGAAGGUGAAUACUCCCGCAGCGCAGGAGAAGUGUGUGAUGCGUCUUAUCAUGUAUCACGUCUGCGUCAACUUGCCCUUGAUGAUCGUCUCCUAUCCUGUCUUUAAAUAUAUGGGAUUCACUAGCGCACUUCCGUUGCCCUCAUGGAAGGUGGUAAGCCUUCAAAUUUUUUCGUACUUCAUACUGGAAGAUUUCAUCUUCUACUGGGGUCACAGAAUCCUACAUACGAAGUGGCUCUACAAGCACGUCCAUAGUGUGCAUCAUGAGUACGCCACACCCUUCGGUCUAACCUCAGAGUAUGCCCACCCAGCCGAAAUUCUUUUCCUCGGUUUCGCGACAAUAUUUGGACCAGCCAUCACGGGGCCCCACUUGCUCACUCUGUGGCUGUGGGUCAGCGUGAGGGUACUCGAGACAGUUGAAGCUCAUUGCGGUUAUGAUUUUCCUUGGAGUCUCUCGAGAUUUCUACCUAUCUAUGGCGGUGCGGACUUUCACGACUACCACCAUCGACUGCUGUACACCAAAUCAGGAAAUUACUCCUCAACUUUCACGUAUAUGGAUUGGAUCUUCGGAACCGACAAAGGGUACAGAAAGUUGAAAGCUUUGAAAUCGGCUCAGGAAGCGCAUGAUGCGAUGAGUGCUCCGACUGAAAAAGUGGAAUGAGAUUAAGAGUCAGCAACUUGGCUGGAAUCCUGAAGGGGUUUCGUAUAAUUAUCGUCAGGACUUCAACAUCCCCUCUGCGAAUUUGGUUCUUUUGUACAUGUUACGGCUUGGCUCAUCUUUGUGGAAUUAAUUGAUUGAAGGGUAAAUUGUACUCAUUUUUUGAAAUCGGCUAUCAGUUUGAUGGUGGAGUGUCUAAACAUAUAGUGAAGUUUUGAAGGUGAGUCUUGCAGAGCAGAUCGAUCGGUUACAGUUGUUGUCAAGGAAUGAAUCAUGGGAACAUUAUUGGUGUAAUCAGUUCAGGAGCUUCCAGCUUCAUGUACACAAAAGAGGGCGCCAGGCUAUUUAACAUAGUUGUGGUAUACUUCGAAGAUCUUUUGGGGUUAUUUUUGACCUGUCUCCGUCUUUAUUACAUUUUCUCCGGUAGUUGUCGAUUCCAAACAUUGACUAGUUUUGAAACCUGCCCGGUCACGAUGUCUUGUUUGACUUGGGAAGUUAAGUGUGCCCAAGUUUUCGAUUAUGCCUCGUUGAAAUGAGAAGGGGUUUAC